CUCGGCGGCGCCCGGACUGCGCGGGGCCGGAACCUUCGGGCGCCGCGCUGGAGCGCGGGGGGACGCGCUGUGCUGCAGCGCCGCAGUGCGCGGGUGACAAUGGAGGCGCUGGGGCUCGGCGCGCUCACCCCGGAGCAGGCGGCGGCCCCGGUCAACACGGUGGAGGAAAAAUGGAGACUUCUUCCAGCAUUUCUAAAGGUGAAAGGACUGGUGAAGCAGCACAUAGACUCAUUCAACUAUUUCAUCAAUGUCGAGAUAAAGAAAAUCAUGAAGGCCAAUGAAAAAGUGACAAGUGAUGCUGACCCAAUGUGGUACCUGAAGUACCUCAAUAUCUAUGUGGGUACUCCAGAUGUGGAAGAAAGCUUCAACGUGACACGACCCGUAUCACCUCAUGAGUGCCGCCUGAGGGACAUGACCUAUUCCGCACCGAUUACUGUGGAUAUUGAAUACACCCGAGGCAGCCAGAGGAUCAUCCGCAAUGCAUUACCCAUUGGCAGAAUGCCUAUAAUGCUGCGUAGUUCCAAUUGUGUACUUACUGGGAAAACUCCAGCAGAAUUUGCCAAACUAAAUGAGUGUCCAUUAGAUCCAGGUGGCUAUUUCAUUGUUAAAGGUGUAGAGAAAGUCAUUCUUAUUCAAGAGCAGUUAUCCAAAAACAGAAUCAUUGUUGAAGCUGAUAGAAAAGGCACAGUAGGCGCUUCUGUUACCAGUUCCACUCAUGAGAAGAAGAGCAGAACAAAUAUGGUUGUGAAACAAGGAAGAUUUUACCUGAGGCACAACACUCUGUCAGAAGAUAUUCCCAUUGCUAUCAUAUUUAAGGCCAUGGGUGUUGAGAGUGACCAGGAGAUUGUACAGAUGAUUGGCACAGAGGAACAUGUGAUGGCUGCAUUUGCUCCUAGUCUGGAAGAAUGCCAAAAAGCUCAGAUUUUUACACAGAUGCAGGCAUUGAAAUACAUUGGAAACAAAGUACGAAGGCAAAGGAUGUGGGGAGGCCCAAAGAAAACAAAGAUGGAAGAAGCCCGAGAGCUGCUGGCAUCAACCAUUCUGACCCAUGUGCUCGUGAAGGAAUUCAAUUUCCGUGCCAAGUGCAUAUACACAGCAGUGAUGGUACGCAGAGUAAUUUUGGCUCAAGGAGAAAAUAAAGUAGAUGACAGAGACUAUUAUGGAAAUAAACGAUUGGAGCUGGCAGGGCAGCUUCUUUCUCUUCUAUUUGAAGAUUUGUUCAAAAAAUUUAACUCUGAGCUGAAAAAGAUUGCUGACCAGGUGAUCCCCAAGCAGCGAGCAGCUCAGUUUGAUGUCGUAAAGCACAUGCGGCAGGACCAGAUCUCCAACGGCAUGGUCAAUGCCAUCUCCACAGGAAAUUGGUCUCUAAAGAGAUUCAAGAUGGACCGCCAAGGCGUGACACAAGUCUUGUCCCGCUUGUCUUACAUAUCUGCUCUGGGAAUGAUGACCAGGAUCUCUUCUCAGUUUGAAAAGACAAGGAAAGUGAGUGGUCCUCGAUCGCUACAGCCAUCUCAGUGGGGGAUGCUCUGUCCUUCUGACACUCCUGAAGGAGAGGCCUGUGGUUUGGUCAAAAACCUUGCCCUCAUGACACACAUUACUACAGAUAUGGAAGAUGGCCCAAUUAUUAAAUUAGCCAGUAAUCUUGGAGUUGAAGAUGUCAACUUGCUCUGUGGUGAAGAACUUUCAUACCCAAAUGUGUUCCUGGUUUUUCUUAAUGGUAACAUCCUAGGUGUAAUACGUGAUCACCAGAAAUUAGUCAACACGUUUCGGAUCUUGCGUCGAGCGGGUUAUAUCAACGAAUUUGUUUCCAUCUCUACAAAUCUGUCUGACAGAUGUGUCUACAUUUCCUCUGAUGGCGGGAGAUUGUGCAGGCCUUACAUAAUUGUCAAGAAGCAAAAACCUGCAGUUACCAACAAACAUAUGGAAGAACUGGCUCAGGGCUACAGGAGUUUUGAAGACUUCUUGCAUGAAGGCCUCGUUGAAUAUUUGGAUGUGAAUGAAGAAAAUGACUGUAACAUUGCCCUGUAUGAAAAUACAAUCAAUAAAGAUACAACCCAUUUGGAGAUUGAGCCUUUCACGCUUCUGGGUGUCUGUGCUGGGCUGAUUCCAUAUCCUCACCACAACCAGUCCCCAAGAAACACUUACCAGUGUGCCAUGGGGAAACAAGCCAUGGAGCAGCUCCUCAUCCAACGCUGCCAUCUCCAAGUCCUCUGUGUCACUCCCUUGACUGUCAAAACCUGGAGCGGCGAAGGGAGCCCGGGGUUCAGUCUGGGAGAGGAGAGCCUUGUGCUUGUCAACACUGACCCACCCCCUCUGACCAUAUCACAGGGCUGUGCCAGCAGCUUUGGACAGUCUUUUCUAAGCCUCAUUGUUAAGCAACAUCAAGCUAAGGAAAGGUGUGAAAGCACAAGUACUAUUGGAUACAAUCAAAGAAACAGGAUAGAUACUCUGAUGUAUCUCCUUGCUUAUCCACAAAAACCAAUGGUAAAAACAAAAACAAUAGAACUGAUAGAUUUUGAGAAACUCCCUGCUGGACAGAAUGCCACAGUUGCUGUGAUGAGCUACAGUGGCUACGAUAUUGAAGAUGCUCUUGUCUUAAAUAAAGCCUCUUUGGACAGAGGCUUUGGAAGGUGCCUUGUGUACAAGAAUGCCAAGUGUACGCUGAAGCGAUACACUAAUCAGACGUUUGAUAAAGUGAUGGGGCCGAUGCUGGAUGCAGCUACCCGUAAACCCAUCUGGCGCCAUGAGAUUUUAGAUGCUGAUGGUAUCUGCUCUCCAGGUGAAAAAGUAGAAAAUAAGCAAGUUCUUGUGAACAAAUCUAUGCCAACUGUGACCCAGACACCUCUGGAAGGAAGCAGUGUGCCUCAGCAGCCACAGUACAAAGAUGUGCCAGUAACGUACAAAGGCGCGACUGAUUCUUACAUUGAAAAAGUAAUGAUUUCAUCAAAUGCAGAGGAUGCUUUCUUGAUCAAAAUGUUGCUGAGGCAAACCAGACGUCCAGAAAUUGGAGAUAAAUUUAGCAGUCGUCAUGGGCAGAAAGGGGUGUGUGGACUGAUUGUUCCUCAGGAGGAUAUGCCAUUUUGUGAUACAGGGAUCUGCCCAGAUAUCAUAAUGAACCCUCAUGGCUUCCCAUCACGUAUGACGGUGGGAAAAUUGAUUGAACUCCUGGCUGGAAAGGCUGGGGUGCUCGAUGGCAAAUUUCACUAUGGAACAGCUUUUGGCGGCAGUAAAGUUAAGGAUGUGUGUGAAGAUCUUAUUCGCCAUGGUUAUAACUACCUAGGGAAAGACUUUGUAACAUCUGGGAUCACUGGGGAGCCUUUGGAAGCAUAUAUCUAUUUUGGUCCUGUGUAUUACCAGAAACUGAAGCACAUGGUGUUGGAUAAAAUGCAUGCAAGAGCUCGAGGACCCAGAGCAGUGCUCACCAGGCAACCCACUGAAGGUCGAUCCCGUGAUGGUGGUUUACGUCUUGGAGAGAUGGAACGGGAUUGUUUGAUAGGUUAUGGAGCCAGCAUGCUUUUGUUGGAGAGACUGAUGAUUUCAAGUGAUGCCUUCGAAGUGGAUGUUUGUGGCCAGUGUGGCUUGCUAGGGUACUCUGGAUGGUGCCACUACUGCAAAUCUUCAUGUCAUGUGUCUUCGCUACGCAUACCUUAUGCCUGUAAACUCUUAUUCCAAGAACUGCAGUCCAUGAACAUCAUACCUAGGCUAAAACUUGCUAAGUACAAUGAAUGAACAAGAUGAAAAAGACCCCAAAAUGUACCUUUAGGAAUGGUGACAUGGAAGAGUCUGUCAGUGAAAUAGGAGCAGUUCUGAAGCCUUGAUUAAUCAUGAACACGACAUGUGGGAAUGGAGAAACAAGGCCAUGGUCCAGCAAAGCACUUGGAUCACUUCAAAAAAUCCCAUGCUUGUGUUUGAAAAGGUCUUUGCUGGGCUAGGUCAUAAGCAGAGCUAAAUACACACCUUAUUCACAGAGGUUUAAAAUGUUUUCCAAACCACUGUAAUAAAUGUUUUAAAUAAUAGUGGCUGAAUAUGUUGAAAGUUGUGUAAGGAUGGUAAUGUGUUAAAAUGUCUAAACCAUUUUCUGUUCCUAAAGCACAUUCAUUAAAGUGUUAAAAUUUUCUAAAA